CAGACAAUAGUCCACAGCGGUCGAACAUCGGCAGAUCUUCUUCAUUUCAGGUCAAGACUGCGAUUACUUCCAUGCCCCUUCCUUCCAGCGACCAGGUUCAAAUACCCACUUGAUGCCCGAUUGACGAUCUCCUCGUGUCUUCAGAUUUCCUCAGUAUCUCAACAUCCUGAAACUUACACCAUGAAGGUUUCGGGCAUAGUCGCAGCCGCUUGCGCUACCGCAGCGGCGGGAAAUCCGUUGCCGCGACCAAGUGAAGGUUUGCCGGACUCAUCUGCGCCAGUUGUCACACUUGCACAAGGCGCUGUGAGAGGCUUUACCGAUGCUGGCAACACAGUCUUUCUCGGCAUCCCUUUUGCUGAUACAACGGGAGGAUCAAACCGAUGGCAGCCACCGCGGGACGUGCCUAAAGCAAAGCCGGGGGCCGUCUUUAACGCGUCAAAAUAUGGUCCGACAUGCCCCCAAGCCAUAUCGGGAACGUCGUACUCACAACAGGGUGAGGACUGCCUGAAUCUUAACAUUUGGGUACCCUCUUCAGCCUCGAGCAAGCGUCGUGCCGCUUCCCCUCCCCCUCCCCCAGCCCGGGGUAGUUGCCAUGGUCCUAAGCCUCCAGCUGGUUGCGAUACAACCCCUAGGAAUGAGGAUGGCCUGCCCGUCUUCGUCUGGAUGUAUGGAGGUGCCAUGGUGACUGGCUCAAGCAGCAACCCUGCCUACCAGGGUGCCAACUUUGCGCGCAAAGGUGUCAUCUAUGUCAGCUUCAACACCCGUGAAAGCAUCUGGGCGUACCCCAACUCAGCUGAGCUCGCGGGCAAGCCGGGUUCCCAGAAUUUUGGUAUUUUGGACGUAGAUAAGGCCUUGCAAUGGGUUCGUGACAACAUUGCUGCUUUCGGUGGCAACCCUGACCACAUUGUCUUUGGUGGCCACUCUUCCGGCUCAGUUCAGGUUGACCACUACCUUUGGAAUCACCCUGACACCUUCUUGGUCGGUGCCGUCCAGAUGGCCGCCAACGCAAAGUCUGGGCCUGCCGUCGCUCCUGUCAACCAGGCACUCGACAUUGUUGCUGCGGAAGUCGGCUGCGCGAGUGGGAAGGGUCAGCUCGACUGCCUUCGCAAGGUUGACGUGUAUGCCUUCCAGACCGCGAACUUCAACGCAACGUACAACACUUGGUUCACUCCCGUCGUGGACGAGAAGACCCGCUACCAGGACUACGAGGCUCGUUUCAAGGCCGGCAAGUACGCCUCCCAUGUGCCUUUGAUCACCGGUAACUCCAACUACGAGGGCGCUCUCUUUGGCCUGGUGUAUGGAGGCGAGAACACCAACUUCACCAAGUGGAUUAACACCUUUGAUGCCGAUGUUGCUGAGAUACCGAAGCAGCUGCUUUUAAACUCUUAUAACCAGGCUGAUUACGCUACCGUUUCUGAGAUGAGCGGUGCCCAGUACGGCGAUGCUCGUUUCUUCUGCCCUGUAGACUACCUGCUCGAUGUGCGUAGCACUGAACAGGACACUUGGAUCUACCGCUUCUUCGCAAACUACUCGCAGGGUCUCCCAGUCCAGUCGCCAACGCACGGUGCUGAGAUCGCCUACUUCUUCGGUGGAAACGAGGUAUUCGCUGGACAGACCGUCACAGCGGAGCAGCAGGCGUUGGCUGACUACCAGAACGACUGGUUUGUCUCGUGGAUCAAGAAUCCCUCUGCCGGUCCUGGAUGGAACAAAGCCAGCCCCAAGGCGGGCGCUCUUGCGAAGUUGGGCGUCGACAACGCCGCGACCAUUGAGCUGGCUUCCACAUCUGACUACAAUGCCAGGUGCCAGUCGGUCUACAACCCAUACCUCCCUAAAUACCCAGUCAUUCAGAGCGUUUAUGUUUCCUAAGCGUACAUCCACGAACCUCACGAAUCUAUCUUAGUUGCGCAGAGCCACGAUCAUAGAAUACUUAUUAAUAGACUAUACUUUGAGAUAC